AUGUCGGGUCUCUGGAACCUGGCGAUUUGGCUUUACACAUUCUUCUUCAUUUGGAAGUGUGUACAAUACUUUGUGGAGAUUCGCCGCCUCCUCUACAUCAGGGACUUCUACAUUUACUUGCUGGAUAUUCCGGAACAAGACAUGCAAACUGUUUCGUGGCAGGAUAUUGUGGCUCGUAUCAUGGCGCUGCGUGAACAGAACCCGAAGACUGCAACAAACAUCACACCGAAACUGAGACAGUUUAUUGGCAGCCAGUCGAAAGAACGGCUUGAUGCACACGAUAUUGCUAAUCGACUCAUGCGCAAAGAGAAUUACCUCAUUGCGAUGAUCAACAAGGAUGUCCUGAACUUGUCUUUGCCAGUUCCGUUUCUUCGCGGCCGCCAGCUAUUUUCCAAGACAAUGGAAUGGUAUCUUCAUUACUGCAUCCUUGAUAUGGCCUUCAACGAGUUAGGCCAAGUUCAGCAGGACUUUUUGCGCCCGGAUCGCAGACGUCUCUUGAGCCAAAAACUGAAGCAGCGGUUGAUGUUCGCGGGGUUUCUAAAUCUUAUCUUCGCGCCUGUUGUGCUUGCAUAUGUUAUCAUUGUUUACUUCUUCACUUAUUAUUAUGAGUACACAAAGGAUCCCAAGCAAGCUGCAGCGCGCAAGUACACUUCUCUAGCAGAAUGGAAAUUCCGCGAAUUCAACGAACUGCCACAUAUAUUUUACGAAAGGCUGCACAUGUCUUAUCCAUUCGCCACUCGGUAUAUCGAUCAGUUCCCCAAGAGGAUGACUGAAGAUAUUGCGCGAACUAUCGCCUUCAUGACAGGUGCAAUUACUGCCAUUCUCGCUGUAGGCUCUAUUCUUGACUCGGAGCUUUUUAUUAACUUCGAGAUCACGAAAGACAGGCCAGUCCUAUUCUAUCUCGGAAUCUUUGGUGCCAUUUGGGCUAUCACCCGAGGAAUGGUGUCCGAAGAGACAUUAGUAUUCAAUCCCGAAUAUGCCUUGAUGAAUGUGAUUGAGUACACACACUACAUGCCCGAUCACUGGAAGAAUAAGCUUCACAGCUUCGAGGUUAAACAGGAAUUUGCAGAGCUUUACAAGAUGAAAGUGGUCAUUUUCCUCGAGGAGGUGAUGGGCAUAGUGACGACGCCUAUGUUGCUCUUGUUUUCACUGCCUAAGUGCAGUGACCAGAUCGUCGAUUUCUUCCGCGAAUUCACAAUCCACGUUGACGGCCUUGGCUAUGUCUGCUCCUUUGCGGUAUUCGACUUUCAGAAAGGACCAGGAAAUACGGGCCAUCAGGGGCAACGACCGGAUGUUCGUGAGGACUACUACUCAACGAAGCACAACAAGAUGGCCGCAUCCUACUUUGGGUUCCUUGACAACUACGUUACCAACCCCAAGACUGGUAUUCCCGGUCAUACACCGUUUGGAGGAAAACCAGCCUUUCACCCACCUCCAGCUUUCCCAGGGCUUGCCUCUCCAUCAUUAGGAGCAGACAUGCAGGGUUCUCAUAUUGGUCGCGCGGAAACGGGACGUGCCAGAAGUAGAGCCCCCGGUGGACGAGGUCCACGUACGGGACCAAUACCACAGCCCUCCCCAAUGGCGUCUGUCCUGUUGGAUCAACAUCAUCAACCUGCUGGGGUGAACAUGGGUGCACGUAGUCUUCAUUGGUCAAGGUAUCCGCGAGGAUUCCGCGGGGAAAGCCAAAUAACUGAAGAAGCUGAAGAUAGCGCCAUGAGGCGAACUGGGGACGAUGACGAACUGUACGAGCCAGGGGGGGAACUAGGUGAAUCGACCUGGGAAACGUCCCCCGCAAAAGGGGUGACACGGGAGAACAGUGCAGCCAAUACAGACGAUCCUGGUGAAGGGGUACUGGGCAUGAUAUACCAGCUUCAGCAAACGCAGCGAUCCCGGCGCGGUGGGGGCAUGGUCUGA